GGCUCAAGGUCUGAUUUUCAGUGCUGGCUCGUCGUUGCCCGCAGCCUCAGCAUCCCUCAUUCAGAGGCGCUGAGCGCCGCAUAUCAUUUUUCGGCGCAAAUGCUCGGAAGAGCACGCCAGCACCGAGUCAAAUCGCAUGCAGGUCGUCUCUUGGACGUCACUGACAAGCAGCAUGAACGUCAAAAGUUGGGCAUCGGUGUUAGACUCAUUGCGAAGCGCAAUGGCGACGCGAGCUCAAGUCCCUUCUCUCGCGUACAACAUUGGUAUGAACACGUGUGGAAGAAGCCUUCAGUGGCAACACGUGCUGUCGCUACUCAGAGGCAUGUCGCAGUUUGGUUUGGAGCCUACUGUCAUCAGUUACAGUUGUGCCGUUGCUGCGUGUGAGAAGUGCAAGCAGUGGCAGCAGGCUCUAUUGUUGCUGGUCGAGCUGUCGCAAGAGCAAGUAGAAGCAGACACGAUCAUCUACAACAGUGCGAUGAGCGCGUGCGAGAAGGGCAACGAGUGGCGGCAGGGGUUGUCGCUGCUCAGCGAGAUGCGGAGUGUGAAGCUGGAGCCCGACGGCAUCUCAACCUACAAUGCUGGGAUCAGCGCAUGCGAGAAGGGCGAGCAGUGGGAAAGGGCAUUGGCUCUGCUCAGCGAGAUGUGGGAGGUGAAGUUGGAGCCGACAGUCGUUAGCUACAGCGCUGGGAUCAGCGCAUGCGAGAAAUGCGAGCAAUGGCUGCAGGCCCUGGCGCUGCUCGGCGAGACUCGGGCGGCGAAGCUGGAGCCCAACGUUGUUAGCUACAGCGCUGGGAUCAGCGCGUGCGAGAAGGGUGAGAAGUGGCAGUGGGCGUUGGCGCUACUCAGCGAGAUGUGGGAGGCGAAAGUGCGGCCCAACGCCAUCAGCUACAACGCUGGAAUCAGCGCGUGCGAGAAGGGCACACAGUGGCAGCGGGCGUUGGCGCUGCUCGGCGAGAUGCGGGAGGCGAAGCUGGAGCACACCGUCAUCAUCUCUACACCGCAGGGCCAGGUGCCUGCGA